GGUGCUGUACAGCUCAGACAGCUGAUGAAAGCUUUUUCUCAGUCAGGAUAAGAUGUCAGAACAGCUCAAGACAAAACAGCCGUUCUCUCUCCCAGUCCAGACACUUAUACUGCUGAUGUGUGCUAGCUGGGUUUUUAUUUCUUCCAGAGCACAAGGAGAGAAUGUGGACUGUAAAUUGGGAUCGUCUAGGAAACCGACAGAAAGGGAACACUGUGGACAUUAUGAGAUAAUAGUCCCUUAUCUUUUGAGUGGAGAACAGUGGAAGGCAAUAGGUAGCAUCUUUCCAAAGGGUCAUCCAUCAAGACUAAGACUUUUACUAAGAUCUAAAGAGGAGGAACUGCUGUUAAAUCUGGAAAGAAAUGAGGGGCUGUUUGCUGGCAACUUCACAACGACGCACUACACUGAGGGCGGCACUGCUGUUAUCACUGCACAUAAUCACUCGGAUCGCUGCUACUAUCAUGGAGUGGUGGAAGGACAUCCAGGCUCAGCAGUCAGUUUAAGCUUGUGCUAUGGCCUCAGGGGAUUAAUUACACUUGAAAACCGAGCAUAUGUCCUGGAGCCACAGGCUAAUUCUACGAGCCGCCACCUCUUUUACAAAGCUGAACAUAUGAAUCUGGCUUCUGGAUCCUGCAGCCAGAAUUAUAACCUCUCAGGCAUUUCUCCGAGUGACACUUUACAAUACUCUGAAGAUUAUUUACAAAGGCACAAAAGAGACACUUUGAAGAUGACCAAAUAUGUGGAGCUUGUUAUUGUGGCUGAUAAUCGUGAGUUUCAGAGACAAGGAAAAGAUGUGGACAAAGUUAAACACCGGCUUCUAGAAAUGGCCAAUUAUGUAGAUAAGUUUUUCAGGCAAUUAAAUAUUCGUGUGGCACUGGUUGGUGUUGAGAUUUGGAGUGACGUGGAUAAGUGCUCAAUAACUCAAGAUCCUUUCACCAGCCUGCACGAGUUCCUGGACUGGAGGAAGCUUACGUUACUACCUCAGAAGGCUCACGAUAAUGCACAGCUAGUAAGCGGGGUGCACUUCCAGGGAACGACGAUUGGUAUGGCACCCAUCAUGAGCAUGUGCACAGCAGACAAAUCUGGUGGCGUGGUUAUGGAUCAUUCGGACAACCCACUGGGAGCAGCUGUUACACUUGCCCAUGAGCUCGGGCACAACUUUGGAAUGAAUCAUGACACUCUGGAAAGGGGUUGCAACUGCAAGGGAUUUGACAAGGGGGGCUGCAUCAUGACCCCUUCCACUGCAUACCCAUUCCCCACAGUGUUCAGCAGCUGCAGCAAGAAGGACUUGGACAGCAGCCUGGAAAAGGGAGUGGGCAUGUGUCUCUACAACAUGCCCGAAGUUACAGAAUCAUUUGGAGAAAAGAAGUGUGGAAACGGAUACGUUGAAGAAGGAGAACAGUGUGAUUGCGGAGAACCAGAAGAAUGUACGAACCCUUGCUGCAACGCUAGCACAUGCCAGCUCAUUCCCGGAGCCGUGUGCGCCCAUGGACUGUGCUGUGAAGACUGCAAGCUAAAGUCGGGUGGAACUCCAUGCCGGGAUGCAAAUAACUUCUGUGAUCUGCCUGAAUUUUGCACUGGAAUCAGCGCACACUGCCCGCCCAAUGUCUACCUACACGAUGGUCACCCUUGCUACAAACUGGAUGGGUAUUGCUACAGCGGCAUGUGUCAGACCCAUGAGCAGCAGUGCGUCACACUCUGGGGACAAGGUGCCAAGCCAGCUCCAGGUAUUUGUUUUGAGAGAGUGAACUCCGCAGGCGAUCCAUACGGGAACUGUGGGAAAGACUCGUCGGGAUCCUUUAUGAAAUGUGAAAGCAGGGAUGCCAAGUGCGGGAAGACUCAGUGCCAAGGUGGUGCCAGCCGGCCUGUUAUCGGCACGAAUGCCGUUUCCAUUGAGACGAAUAUCCCCCUGCAGGAAGGUGGCAAAAUCCUGUGCCGUGGCACACACGUGUACCUGGGGGAUGACAUGCCAGACCCCGGGCUUGUUCUCACGGGCACAAAAUGCGGACAUGGAAAGAUCUGCCUAAACCGUCAGUGUCAGAACAUCAGCGUAUUGGGUGUCCACGACUGUGCAUCCAAGUGCCACGGACACGGAGUUUGCAACAACAAAAAGAACUGUCAUUGUGAGGCUGAUUGGGCACCUCCAUUCUGUGACAAGCCGGGGUAUGGAGGCAGUGUGGACAGCGGACCUAUGAGGGUGCCAGAUAACAGAAGUUUAGUUGCUGCCAUCUUGGUAACAAUUACAUGCAUAGCAGCAGCUGCCUUUACUAUCUACCUGAAAAGAAGGACCUUAUUCAGAUGGCUUUAUACAAACAAGAAGACCACCAUUGAAAAACUGAGGUCAGCCAGACCAUCAAGAACAGGGAGCUCAAAUGAAGCUAAUCAAGAAUACAGCACAACAGUGAGCAAAGAUCUACUGAGCAAGUCUUCACAGAGGCAGGAGGACUGGCGGAUUCAUAGACCAACCCGCUAUCAUCCAGUAGAUAUCAGCCAUCCAAUAGGAAUACUUGAACCACCAGAACAUAAACUGCCACAGUCUCUAUCUCACUCCUUUCAACAAAGUAUGCCAGCGCGACCACUGCCAGUAAAGCCCCCAACCAGAGGACUACAGGGAUCACGCAUCCCCAGCCCCCCACAGAGGCCACUGCCAGCAGAUCCUCUAUCUAAAAGUGCCCGAGACUGCAGUGCUGCCAGCUCCGUGUAUGACGGUGAAGGUGCGGUGCCCCGUAUGACCCCUGUGAGGCCUGCACCAAAACUCCCACCCAAGUGUCCCACGGUCAGAGCCAGCCACAUCCAGUGAGCGGACCGAUGAGCCUGAAGUUUGCACUACGCUCUAAUACAAGUUGGAGUCUGUUUACUAAGUCAUCAGAACUUUUAUAUUCUUAAACUGUAUUCUGAAAGGACUGAGCUGUUGCCUUUGGUGCUAUGCUUUAUGUGUGUGCUCAGGUACUUGUAAAUUAUUAAUUUAUGUGGAGUAUUUAGUACAAUGCAGUGCAUUGGCCUAGGUAUAUUUAACCAAAGAUGACUUUCCACAAAAGGGAAAU